ACCACCGCAGACUUCCGGUUUGUGCGCAGACAAAAUGAGUGCGUCGGCUGUGGUCCGAAGGUUAGCGGCUCUGUCCGGGGCUUCGGCGGUGGGCCUGGGGGCCUACGGGGCUCACGGCUUCAAAAACAGUGACCCUGAUGACUACCGGAUGGUGCUAUUUGAGACUGCCAAUAAGUACCAUUUCUACCACAGCCUGGCCCUGCUGGGUGCUGCCCACUCUGGAAAACCUGCUGUGGCUGGAGCUCUCCUCGUAGCUGGGAUGGGGAUGUUCUGCGGUUCUUUGUACCACCAGGCCCUGACGGGGGACCCUGGUCUGCGCAAAGUGGCUCCCAUGGGGGGCAUGGCUAUGAUCGCUGGCUGGCUGGCCAUGGUUCUCUAAACCGUAACUGCUCUCAGCUCCUCCACAGGGCCACCAUGUGAUACUUAACUGUCAGGCUGCUAAUGGAUGAACUGGGAAAGCUGUGAGAGUUCGCUGAGAGGCACAAACUGCUGAGUUCUAAUGUCACCCACCCAACCUCUCCCAGCUCUGCAUUGUGGGUGUCAGCAGGAGAUAAGGUCACAACAAGAUUAUCAUGUUUUUUUUUUUUACCACUGUGGCCUGUUUUCUGACUCAUGCCCUUUGAGUAUACUGAGUUAAAAUUGACAAAUAGGUAAUAUGUUAUAUAUUUUAUGACUGAAAAAAUAUAUUCAGUUGUAUGUUAAUGUUUGUGAGACAGUAUCCUAUUAAUUAAUACUAGUUUGUGACUUAAAACACACUAUUAUACCUUGCCGUUUGUUCAUUUCUACAAAAUGUUACUCUAAUGCAGGAAGUUUUACGUGUCUGAAUACAACCAAUGUGAAUAAAAAAAAUCAGUUUGCAUCA